GGGCGGUGCCCGACGGAAGGGGCCGGGACGGGAGCGGGCGCUGCGGAGGGGGCGGCUGUGGGGAGAGAUCGGAGGGGCCGGAGGCCCCCCCCUCCACCCGGUGCCACCCUGGCGCUGCGCCCUAUGGACGGCGUUUUUCUCUCUCCCAACGAAGAUGAGUUCGUGGGGAGGAUCGCGGAGGAGCUGGAGCAAUUCAUGCUGCAGGGGCAGCACCACAGGGUGCUCCUGUUCCCCCCUCUGUCCAGCCGCCUCCGCUACUUGAUCCACAGGACUGUGGAGAACGUGGAUUUGCUGAGCAGCUUUUCUGUUGGGGAAGGAUGGAGGAGGAGGACGGUCAUCUGCCACUCAGCUGUGAGGAUUCCCAGUGAGACCAGUGAGCAAAACCCAGCCGCCUCCGCACCGCGACCGUCCCGACCCACACAGCCGUGGGGCCGUGGGGCACGGGGGGCCCGGCUGAGGCACGGCGGGGAUGGGCAUGGGGACACAUCCAGAACCUGUGUGGGGUCAGGCAGGAUCAGGAGGCCGCCCCGGAAGAAGCCUGAUAAAGCCCUGUAUGUCCCCAAGGCGAUGCGUAAGAAGGCGGAAUGGGGGGAACAGGAGGCGGGCGCCGAUGGGGCGCGAGAAAGGGAGAUCUGCUCCAAAGCUGCACUUGAGGGGGAGGCUGAAGGCAGCCCCGAACCCAACGCUGCCAUCAGUGGAGUCUGUUUGGUGCUUGAUGAGCAGCACAAGGCUGGGGAGGAGUCGGGAAAAAGCAAUGAUGGCACAAAUGGCGACCGUCGUCCACGCUGCACCGAUGUCCCCUUCUUAGAGAGCAGCAGCAGUUCCUCCGGGCAGCACAGUCAGGAUAAGGACUGUUCAGAUGCCCUCUCUUCUAUACCCAAUGAAAACCCAGCUGAGCCAGAAGAGCAGAGCAAGAGCUGUGACAACGCCGUUGGACCAGAAGGCAGCGAGACUCCGUGCCAAGACCAAAAGAGCCACGAUAAUGACGUUCUGGGGUCCAGCAAGAGCUCCCACCUAUUGGGGGAGCACUGCUCUGAUGCCACGUUGGUGCUGGAGAACCAGGAGAAGAGCUGUGCCGUGAGCCUGGAGGGCAGUGGGAACAUCUCACUGCAAGGCGAGGAUGUGGUAAGGCCAGAGUUGGAGCUGGGCGAGGGUCCCUCUGGACCAGAAGGUGAAGAUCAGGAGAACUUCAGCGGUGCCCAAGAAGAGCCCACCCAACACCAGACCCCAUUGGAAGCACGUGGUGAGGCCGUGCUUGUGUCAGAGCCCAUCGGUGGGGCUGGUCCAUUGGGUCCCAGUGAGCAGGAGGAGCACAGGGUGGACGAGCCCGUGGUCAAGGAUGAGGCCAAGGAGCCUGUAGGCUUGGCUGAUGCUUUACAGCAUGAGCUGCGGUUGUCCAAAGGGGACCAAGAGGAGAAUGUGGCCACCCAGAGCCGGGAGCUCGCCUUUGAGGAUGACUGCACUGCAGAGCUCCUACAGGAGAUCGUGGGUCAUCUCACCGUGAAGGACAUCAGCGUCGAGAGGAUCACGGUGGAUUAUUCCAGCUAUGGUGACACACAGGUCCACGAGGCGGAUUUUGGGCACAUAACCGAAAUCUACGACUUCUCCCCAUCACUGAAAACGGAGCACCUGAUGGAAGUGUUCUCAGAUUUCCAUGAGAGUGGCUUCAAAAUCCAGUGGGUGGACGACACGCACGCCCUGGGGAUCUUCUCCAGCCUGUCUGCAGCAUCUCAAGCCCUGGGGCGGCGUUACCCUUCACUGAAGAUCCGACCGCUGAUCCAUGCGACGAAGCAGUCUAAAAUUAAGGCACUUCAGCGACCAAAACUCCUUCAGCUUGCCAAAGAGAGACCCCAGACUGACACGGUGGUGGCAAGAAGGUUGGUGACCCGAGCCCUGGGGCUGAAGCACCAGCAGCAGUGCAGCUCCGGCCCUGAAGGGCUCCUGCCAGAAGGUUUGGACCAGGAGGAGUGAACCAUCUCCACUCAAAAAAAAACCAACAACCAUGUGUAGAUGAGCGUGGCUGUGAUAUUAAACUGCAUGCAGAACA